ACCUGAACGAUCGGUAGCACGGUAGGUGGUCUGUAGAUCGGCAGGAAGCUGCGGAAGGUUCCAGUUUUUGGGCGCGAAAUCGGCAAACAUCUGGAAGAGCAUAAUUAAGGGAUAUUUCCGAAGUCACGCGGUGGUGAACUCUGCGAAAAAUCGUACGAAAAUCGUGGAACGAGCGAUGUUUCUUGUGACGAGCAAAUUUAUGAGGAAAUGUCUAAGUUGUCAGUGGGAAUGCGAGGGAAACUAAAUAACAACAAGGAAAUUGAAAGAGAGAUUUGAGAGAAAAAUAUCUUAAAUUACAGCGCUGCGUUUUUUAAUAAAAACUCAGAGACGAUAGUUAUGACAGCAAUCCGCAAACAUUUGAGACGUUAAUGCAGUUGCAAAGUGCAAUUUAGGGGACUUCCUUCAGGAUUAAGACUUAUGAGAAUUUUCUUAGUGAUCUCUGUAUUUUUUUAGAAGAAUUAGACGUGGACAAUAUAAAUCGAUCAUGGACAAUAUAAAUAAAUCGAUAUGGCUGUAAUAAAUAAAUAAAUCUGAGGGAAGACAAUUGAAAUGCAAUUGCAAAAAAUGCAAUCUGAAGGAUGACGUAUUAAAAAUAUUUCAGAAAAAAAUAAAACCUGUAUGAUGAGAAGAUGGCCAAAUGUAAUCGUAAUAAAUCGGACAAUAAACGAAACAAUGCGUUAAAUAUAAUAAAACCAUCAGCAGUGUAACAUCAGCAACAACACGGAAUGACGGAGAAGAUUAUAAAUCAACGUAACCAAUUGAAUCCCGAUAUAAUUAAUGUCCCGAUUUCUAUCAUUCUUUUGCAACUGUAAGAAAGCAAAUUAAAAUCCCGCAUGAAAUAUAAGAAGGUUUUAUAGUCAAAAAAGGAUAAAAAUAUAACAACAUAUAAUAAGAUGUUAUUCUCACAGACAUGCAUCGCGAAUAUAAGAGAUCAUCGGGAUGAUGUUCGUAAGUAGUAAAUCGUUAUGUCGUUAAGUGGCAUUGUUAGACACGAACCGAAGCAUCUCGAGGUGUGAGUACCAAGUGUUAACAAGUGUUUGGACAAAUCUCAACACGUGCCCGGAGUGGUUCGCCAAGACACGUGCCGCUGUUUAGAAAUAUUAUCCUGCACGCGCCUAGCUGGCACGUGUCGAUCGUAUCUUUCAAUCCUCGAGACGUGUUCGAGGGUGCACAGGUACGAUCAGAAAUUCCGGCAAACUAUGAAAUCGUUCGACACGAGGAUUUGAAAUUUAGUUGCUAAGCUCGCGUCCAAUAAUUAAACGAUUAUCAUUCAAAGCGUCUAGAGGGAAGAAUUAAAUGGCGUAAGUUACACGACAGUCUCGUCGUUCUACGUCUAGUCAUACAAUCUAGUCGUAUUUUUCGUUAAUUAGUGAGCGAUCUUCAGAUCCGAUAAGGAACGCUAAAUUAAGGAAAUAUAUUAAUUAUAUUAUAAUUAAUAUUCGCGAGACUCUUAAUUAAUAAAUCUGAGUGAUUAUUGGCGAAGCGGACAUUAAACACCGUCAUCAUGUAUUCAAUGGACACUCUUGAACGAGAUAUGAUAAACCGACAGUACAUGUAUGAAGCGCACAGCUUCCUGGGUAAUCCAGCAAUCCCGGCAUUGCCGCCGCAUUGCGGGGUACCUACAACGGCAACGCUUCCGGCAGUGAUCCCGUCGCAGAUCCCGUCGUCCCAUCAUCCAUCCGGUAGCACCGGUAGCACCAGCGGUAGCGAGCACUAUCUCUACGACGAGAACAGCAGUGACAACGAGAGUGUCUACAGCAGCGAUCAGGAGAAUCACGCGAGGGAGCGAAGUCGGAGUAAUCGGCGUGGCGGACCAUCGGGAAAAUGUCCGAGACAGGUCCAGGUUCAGCAAAGGCAGGCGGCAAACAUGAGGGAGCGAAGACGAAUGCAGAACAUAAACGAUGCCUUCGAGGGCUUGAGGGCUCAUAUACCGACCUUGCCGUACGAGAAGAGACUGUCAAAGGUCGACACGCUGAAGCUGGCAAUCGGUUACAUAAACUUCCUGAACGAGCUCGUCAGGGCGGACAAGGGUAACGACCCCUUGACGGGCAAUAGCGGUCUCUCGAGAUGUUCCAGUCGAGAUGAAUCCAAGAAGGUCAUAGUCCGUGGUAGCGGUGGGAAUCCAUUCAUCUCGCACUCGCUCUCGUGGUCGAGAAAAUCGGAUAUCUCGCCGAACGGCACGAUGUACGCGAAGGUCUGGACGCCAGAAGAUCCGCGAACAUCGAAAAAUGGGACGACGUUUGAGUAGAUGGCGAAUUUAAUUUCGUUUUAUGAGUAAGCGGAGGAUCGGACACAUCGCACGGUUGUGAAAACAUUUCUCAUCUAGAGUGUUAUUUAGUGUCUAAGGGAAAUGUUUCUAGUCACUGGUCCUCGUUAUUUGUACCUUACGAUCAUCGAAGGUCUCCGAUUUUUUGGACGACGAAAAUGGUCACCAGUUUAUACAUCUCUCGCGAUUUCAUCAAAAAGGUACGGUAAAUCGAAUUAACCAUUGCAAAAUACACGCGUUUGAGUUACAGAAAUUUUUUAUUUAGAAAAUGGAAACAAUUAUAAAUGAGAAUUAGAUGAAUAAUAAUAAA